AUGUCCACGGCAGCACCGCCUGUCCGAAAACCUAUGCCCUCUGCACUGACUUUUGACCUGCACGGGAAAUGUUCGACUACUAAAGCCCGAGCGAGCACCCUCAAACUACCACAUGGCUCUGUGCCCCUGCCGAUCUUUAUGCCGGUCGCCACACAAGCAUCUCUGAAGGGCUUGACGUAUGACCAAUUGCGGGAGACAGGGUGCAUGCUAUGCUUGAAUAACACAUAUCAUCUGGGGUUGAAACCGGGGCAAGAGGUCCUGGAUGCGGUGGGUGGUGCUCACAAGUUUCAAGGAUGGGACCGGAACCUCUUGACCGAUAGCGGCGGUUUUCAAAUGGUAUCGCUUCUCAAGCUGGCGACUGUGACCGAGGAAGGCGUGCGCUUCCUCAGUCCGCACGAUGGAUCCCCCAUGCUUCUAACCCCCGAACACUCCAUUUCUCUACAAAACUCCAUCGGGUCGGAUAUUAUCAUGCAAUUGGACGAUGUGAUUGCCACCACAUCCCCAGAUCAUGCCCGCAUCAAGGAAGCUAUGGACCGAUCGGUGCGGUGGUUGGAUCGCUGUAUUGACGCGCACAAGUACCCCGAGAGGCAAAAUCUGUUUUGCAUCAUCCAGGGUGGAUUGGACUUGGAGCUUCGCAGGAAAUGCUGCGAGGAAAUGGUCGCUCGGGAUACGCCGGGAAUUGCCAUCGGAGGUCUCUCUGGUGGUGAGGCCAAGGACGAGUUCUGCAAAGUGGUCGACACGUGUACUGGACUGCUUCCUGAGAACAAGCCUCGCUACGUGAUGGGUGUCGGAUACCCUGAAGAUAUCGUCGUUGCCGUGGCUUUGGGUGCAGACAUGUUUGACUGCGUAUGGCCCACGAGAACAGCGCGAUUCGGCAAUGCGAUCGUCGAUGCGGGCACUUUGAAUCUCCGCCACCACAAGUAUGCCAGCGAUUUUACUCCCAUUGAAGAAAAUUGUGAGUGCGUCUGCUGCCGUUCCACGGAAAAAGGAGGCUUGGGUGUCACCAAGGCGUACAUCCACCACGUCACAGCAAAGGAGACCGUCGGAGCUCAUCUUCUUACCAUGCACAAUGUGCACUACAUGUUGAACUUGAUGAAAGACAUUCGCCGGGCCAUCUUGGAAGAUCGGUAUCCCGCCUUUCUUCGGCAAUUCUUCUUCAACAUCUACGCAGGAGACAAAACAAAGUAUCCCGAAUGGGCCAUAGGGGCUCUUCGAGGGGUUGGGAUGGACCUUUUGAGUGACUGA